AUGGCAGACGCUGGAGGUAAUCAGAAAGAAGAUGAGAGAAGAAGCGAUGAAACAGAAUCGAGAUCGACUGAAGAACCAAAGGAGAAUGAAGUCUUGGGAUUAGGAACAAAUGAACGAACAGGUCGGAUUUAUUAUUACUCCGAGUCGCACCAAGAGGUACUACAGUAUCUGCGAGAAGAGAGACUCAAAGAUGCUGAGAAGCAGAGGAGAAGCCAUGAAACAGAGUCGAGUUCCAUUGAAAAGACGAUGGGACCAACUCCUGUUAUGGGGCUGAGUGAUUCAGGGAGAAGGUCUGAUGGGAGAACUGAUAGUAUACAGAAUAUUACAGGUUCAAGCUCUUUACCCUCAACUUCAAUGGCAGGCGCUCGAGAUAAUGAGAAGGAACCUGUGAGAAGAAGUGAUCAAGAACCAGAUUCGACGAGAAUACGUCAGGAGAAUGAAGAAAUAGGUCGGGUUUAUUAUUACAGCGAGUCGCACCAAGAGGUACUACAGUAUCUGCGAGAAGAACGACUGAAAGAUGCUGAGAAGCAGAGGAGAAUCCAUGGAAUAGAGUCGAGAUCCAUUAAAGAAACGAUUGUAAAACAAGAACACUCUAACGCAGACACGCGAGAAACUCUGCAACAGUACCACAGACGACUGAGAGACGAGGAGAUGCAACAGUACCACAGACGACUGAGAGAUGAGGAGAUGCAGAGGAGACGCCGUGAAACUGAGUCAAGAUUCUGGCACCGUGAGAGGGAUAGAUCUCCGGGUAGGAGAGGGAGUGACUCCAGACUGAGAUUUGAUGAAAGAGCUCAGGGUUGGAGAGGCAGUCAUGAAUCCAGAUGGAGGUUUGAUGAGAGACCUCAGGGUUGGAGAGGCAGUCAUGAAUCCAGAUGGAGGUUUGAUGAGAGAGCUCAGAGGAGAUAUGAAAUGGACUACUCAGGAUUCAGGCCAGAGGAGAGGUUGCUUGCUCAUCCUCAGUCCGGAUUUAUUCCUGAUUCCCGAGUGAGUGAUCCAAAAGGCCAUGAUACAGAGUGGAGCUUCGAGCGAGGGAGGAUGGAACAGAUUGAGUGGCAGAGGAGAGAGCCUCAAUACAAUCUACAGGAGCAGAGAUCAAGAGGAGAAGUUAGAGAGAAUAGUCAUAUGAGGGGAAUCAUGCGGCAGAGGAGAGAGGGUCAAGUGCGGGAACAGAGACAGAGGAGAGAGGCUCAAGAAACUCUGCGACAACAAGAGAUGCUAGAGAAUCGAAACUUAGAUGCUCGUGAUCAUCAGAAUACGAAGCAACUCGGGUUUAAAAGAAACGAGGGAGAUGGAGUAUAA